GAACUUCAUUCAACGUUUUGAUUUCGUGUAGUGCUGUUGUAUUCGACGAUAACUUCAAUUAAUUAUUCACUAUGCCGCCUAAAGCUAGUGGUAAAGCUGUUAAGAAAGCUGGUAAAGCUCAGAAGAACAUCAGUAAAUCCGAUAAGAAGAAGAAACGUAAGAGGAAGGAAAGUUACGCUAUUUAUAUCUAUAAAGUACUUAAGCAAGUACAUCCGGAUACCGGAAUCUCCAGUAAAGCCAUGAGUAUUAUGAAUAGUUUCGUCAACGAUGUUUUUGAACGAAUUGCCGCGGAAGCAUCGAGAUUAGCUCAUUAUAAUAAACGUUCGACGAUCACUUCUCGGGAAAUUCAAACUGCAGUGCGUUUGUUGUUACCUGGUGAGCUUGCAAAACACGCUGUUAGCGAAGGUACCAAAGCUGUGACCAAAUAUACAAGCUCUAAAUGAAUUUUGUGUUACGGAAAAAAAGAACCGGCCCUUUUUAGGGCCACCAAUAAUUUAUUACGUGGAACAUAUUGAUACGGAAUUAAAAUUUGUUUUGAUAUAAUAAACCAAUUUUAUUGGAAUUUUUGGUGAA